CGUACGUAUUCACUCUAUGGUGGAGGUAAUGAAUAAUAAUAUGCUGUUGCCGCUACUACCCCCGAUACCUCCUAUUACUAGUUCUAAGGCUGGGACUAGUAGUAUACUAGGAUGCUGUGGAUGGGUGGAUGAACGUACAUACAAGGCUUUUGCAUCCUACAAUAGGACUAAGAAGUGGUAUGAAUCUUAUCAUGGUACAUUACCAUCCAUCACCGAGGAGAUGUCUAUUACUGAUACCGUUCGAGAUGAGGCCAAUGACUCCCGUGUAGAGUCUCGUACGGCUGUCAGGGAUCCUUUACAAUCUACUCCUUCAUUGACGCCUGACAGUGGAAGACCAUCACAACGUCAGAAGCAAUUUUUAUUAAGCCCAAUGACCGUUGCUGAGGUCUCCUGUCGAAUACGUGAAUGGAAUACCUAUGUGGCACAUUGUAGAUCAAUACGACCGGAUAUAGUAAAGUCUUAGUAUCAUUCUGUAGUGGUAGUAAGAGCAGACACCAAGGUGUACACUAAGAUAUCUACCCAGUAUCCGAUUAUGUCUGCCGCUCAAGGCUACUGUCGCUCCCCCUACUCCCAGUUCAAUGGUCGUAGUUACAAUGGCUAUGACCACUACUACUACUACUACUACUACUACUGCAACUCCUUUCAUUGUACCUUGUACUCUGUUGAUAGCAUACCUCGUCUAUCCCUCGGUGUUUGACAAUUUACCUUAGUUUUCUCCCCAUGUCCCCUCCUCUAUAGGAGAUAAGUCACUGUAGACUAUUCUGACCUUGAUACCCGUAUGCUGCUCCAUUACUAUCAUUAUCACUGCCUUACCUACUCCUGACGUUUGCUA